UAAUGUUUCCGGAAUAGCUUAGAAAUAACUAUUAUACAUAGCACUAACUUUAUCAUUCAUUUUUCAGUCAGUAUUGCGAGAUUCGUCGAUAGAAAUGCAAUUUUUUGGAGGAUCUCCUCUUUUUACAGUGGUACUUUUUCUACUUAAUACUGUUAAAUCAGCACGUUCUUCUAUAGGUGACAUUUCCGAAUUCCAACUUUAUAAAACCUACGGACCAGAAAUAAGAGCAUACGUGCAAUUCAAUAAAUAUAUGCAACCCAAAGAGCUACGCAUAUAUGUAGAAUCAGGAACCAUUAUGGAAAGGUUUGAACACAGGCUGUAUGACUGGGCUGAUUUGAAUCGUGUAUUGGGAGAAGAAAUUCCAAUUCUACAGGCCCACCAACAACAAGCCCUGCAACAACAAGCGCAGCAACAACCAGUCCACCAACCACAAGUCCUUCCACAUGUGAAUGCACUCCAACAAUGGCAACAAGGCUCAUCUCGUCAUUCUCAAGAGAGGAUGAAAAAAUAAUAUAAAUGUGAAAAAUAUAUUUAAUUUC